AUGCACUGGUGUAGCCAUCUACGAGGCCAGUCAGAUCGCCGCCGCCAAAGCCAAAAUGGAGGCUCGCAAGUUACAAGUGCCUCGCCUUCAGAAUGCCAACAGACAGCAGCUUCCGCCAUGUCCGCGCUGUUAGAGCACAUUUUGCGCGCGAAUCAGCCUCGUAGGACGUUUUCGGACGCAAUGCGCAACCCCUGUUCUCACUCCCACCGCAGACCCCGUGACGACGACCCUUUUACCAUUGAUGGCCACUCUGCUGCUGCCCGUCCUAUCCCAGACCCUGCGCCGACCACAGCGACCAUCUCCGCCAACAACGAAGCAUCGCUCAUUGCCCGCAACAACGAGACGACGUCUGAAGUCCCAUCAUCUGCUACCACCACCGGCUCCUCUGCUACAUGUGAGAUCUGA